GCAGCGCCAGCCACCCCCACUGCCAUCACAAGGCUGAGGCAGUGCCAUGGACACCUUCCAGGAGGUGUUUCAGAAGGUGGAGAAGAUCGGGGAGGGCACCUAUGGCGUGGUGUACAAGGCUCGCAACAAGCGCACGGGGCAGCUGGUGGCCCUCAAGAAGAUCCGCUUGGACUCGGAGACAGAGGGCGUCCCCAGCACCGCGAUCCGAGAAAUCUCACUGCUGAAGGAGCUGAAGCACCCCAACAUUGUCAGGCUCCUGGAUGUCAUACACAGUCAGAAGAAGCUCUAUCUGGUGUUUGAGUAUCUGAAUCAGGACCUGAAGAAAUACAUGGACUCAUCCCGAACUGGAGAGUUUCCUUUAAGCUUGGUCAAGAACUACCUUUUCCAGCUGCUGCAGGGUGUGAGCUUCUGCCACUCGCACAGAGUCAUCCACAGGGACUUGAAGCCGCAGAACUUGCUUAUUAACGAAGCAGGAGCAAUCAAGCUGGCUGAUUUUGGACUGGCAAGAGCUUUUGGAGUCCCGCUGCGCACAUACACUCAUGAGGUGGUGACUCUGUGGUACAGAGCCCCUGAAAUACUGCUGGGGUGCAAAUACUACUCGACCGCUGUGGACAUCUGGAGCAUCGGCUGCAUCUUUGCAGAAAUGGUGACCAGGAAGGCCUUGUUUCCAGGGGACUCCGAGAUCGACCAGCUCUUCCGGAUCUUUCGCACCCUGGGCACUCCCACCGAGGCGACCUGGCCUGGGGUGACCCAGCUGCCUGACUACAAGGGGGACUUUCCCCGGUGGGCCAGGAAGGAGAUGAAGGAAAUUGUUCCCAACUUAGAUCGAGAUGGUAGAGACUUACUGGUGCAAUUGCUCCUGUACGAUCCCAGCAGGCGCAUUUCAGCCAAGGCGGCCCUCAAUCACCAGUACUUCUUCUGGAGAAGCCCUCAGAGCCCUGAAGAGCGACGUGUGCUGCAGAGACACUGCAGAUGAGAAGGCACAGCUCUCCCCAUGCGCUGGCACCUCCUGGUAGCCGUGCAGAUCUGCUUUUGGGCACUUAGCAGGGGGCUGGCUGGGACCCAGGGUCUCACUCCUCCUGAGGAGCCUGGCAGGGGACAUUCUUGCAUUUAGAGACUCUCAGCCUGUUGCUGGGGCAAAGUUUGGCUAGGUUACAGCCAGUAGAGCUGUUUUGAAGAGGUCAUGUGCAAAAGGGUGGGAGGUAUUUAUCAACAUAAAGCACUGAAAUGUCGGUGAAAGAGCGCCUUUCAGAGGUCUGUGCUUGCAUUAGUCAGCGAGCUCAGGCGACGCGCAGUGGUUCCCGUCCCUCCAGCCCGGGAGCACCCCCAGGUGCGGCGGGGGCAGUUGCUGGCACCGGGGCGUGCUGGAGCUCCGCUUUGUGGCUGGAAACAGUAACAUCUAGAACUCCGGCUUUCCAUCCUCAGAUGUAAUGCCGUUUCCUUCGCCUUAUUGUCCUGGGAAUGUUUUUACUGUUCAAAUGUUCAGAGAAUUGUCACUAACUUUUGGUAUGGUUUUGACAUCUUUUUUUUUUUUUCUUUCAGCACAGAAAAAAAUAAAGGCUUGUUAUUUGUUCAGAA